AGCGAUGGGGAUCACGGAUGUACUUUUACUUUCAGGAGUGUUUACUUCAGCGCUUUUUAUGGUUUCUGAUGGCGUUUCUUUGACUGCGUCCUUGGCGAUUCAAACCCCAUCCCCUCCAUACCAAGCCGGGGAUCAACUGGUGUUCUCAUUCCAAUGUGAAGUCACUGUAACUGCGGACCAAGCUUAUAACGUCAGAUUAGAAUUUGGAUCGGAGAGACUGGAAUUUCCCAGUGAUCCGAUAGAAAACCAGUUCGCUUGGCAAUACAACAAAGUAAAUACUCCUCAGACCGUAGAGGAUAGACUGACAUUUACCCCCACGGAUUUUGACGAAGGGGUUGACUCUGAAAACCUUUGGUUGUUACUGAUUGUGCCUGCCGACACCGCCGCCUCUAGAUUUGUACAAGGCACUUUCACCAUGAAUGUACCAGGUAGACAAUUACUAUUUACAGCUAUAUUCAGGAACACUAAGGCGCUGCAUGAAUUAAUGUUAUUUAAUGCGUUGGCAGCCAAAUGUAUAACACUAUCAAUCAAGUUCACACUCAAAGGUUCUAUUGACGAGAAAUCGUAA